AUGAAAGAAAAAUCUAAAAACGCUGCAAAGACGCGGAGAGAAAGAGAGAAUGGGGAGUUUUAUGAGCUGGCAAAACUGCUUCCUCUGCCGGCGGCCAUCACCUCCCAGCUGGACAAGGCCUCCAUCAUCCGGCUGACCAGCAGCUACCUGAGGAUGAGAGCUUUCUUCACCGACGGUAUGGGUGGAUGGAGCCAUUUGCCAAGUUUGGGUCUGAACAUGUUGACCAAAGACCUGAGUUCCCACCUUUUACAAACUCUAGAUGGCUUUCUGUUUGUUGUUGCAUCUGAUGGGAAAAUCCUGUACAUCUCCGAAACGGCAUCUGUCCACCUUGGCUUGUCUCAGGUUGAGCUAACAGGAAACAGUAUAUUUGAAUACAUCCACCCCUCAGACCAUGACGAGAUGACGACAGUACUAAGUUUUCAACAGCCACCUCACCAUCACUUCUGUCCAGAAUAUGAAGUUGAACGAUCCUUCUUUUUGAGGAUGAAAUGUGUCCUUGCCAAAAGGAAUGCAGGAUUGACAUGUGGGGGCUAUAAGGUGAUCCAUUGCAGUGGCUACCUAAAACUCAGUCUACACAGGACUGAGAUGACAUUGUAUGAAUGCUGUUAUCAGAUUGUGGGUUUGGUGGGAGUCGGCCAUUCCCUGCCCCCCAGUGGGAUCACUGAAAUCAAACUUCACAGCAACAUGUUUAUGUUUCGGGCAAACCUGGACUUAAAACUCAUCUUUUUGGACAUGAGCGUUGCUGAGCUGACAGGCUUUGAGCCUCAAGAUCUGAUUGAGAAAACCCUCUACCAUCAUGUUCACACAUGUGACGUUCUACACCUACGCUAUGCACACCAUUUAUUACUUGUUAAAGGACAAGUGACAACAAAGUAUUACCGCAUGUUAGUAAAACAUGGAGGCUGGGUGUGGGUGCAAAGCUAUGCAACCAUUGUCCACAACAGCCGCUCUUCCAGACCUCACUGCGUGGUCAGUGUGAACUACGUUCUCACAGACACUGAGUGCAAGGAACUGCAGUUAUCUGAAGACCAGAUCCAAGUUGCCAAGCUUACUUCACAGUUUGUGUUGAGUCAGGACAACCACAAACAGCUGAGAACUAAAGACAUCAAGCAGAGGACCAAACUCAGACCAGCUCCAUACACACAGAACCUGGGUUGUCAGCAGGUUAGAAGAUUACCUCAGCAGUAGGUAAUCAGCCUGCUCUCCACUAUCUGAAGGACAAGUUAAAGAGUCAUUGCAGACUCCUCUGCAGUACAUGGAGGGACCUGGUCUACGUCACUGCAUUUAUCCAGAAAACAAAGAAUUUAAGGCUCAGACUUUCAGAUCGUCUGACCCAAAGCUGCUUUUACCUCAGCGUGAAGUCUGGUAUCAAAUAAGCAUCAUAUUGCAUCAUUUAUACUCUGCCAGUUUCCAUGGUGCUGGAGAAAAACUGUUCUGUACAAAAGGAAGUGCUCUACAGUCAGCAAUGGAAAGAGAACACAUCGGUUCAUCUGCCAUUAUC